AUGGUACUGGCGGCAAAAUUCGUUUUUGUGUGCACGAUGAUUCAGUUUAAGUUCACCUUUGAAGAACCGUCAGGACGUGUUUCCAAUGAAGCUGCCGAGGGGGUCCGCCUGGCCAUGGACCACAGACACGUCAAAGGUCGAUGGCCAAGGGGGCUCCUCCUCUCUGAAAGGCCAGGGAGCCCGUGGGCUAGUCAUGCUCCAGUCUCAGGGCAGUACCACGAGCACGGCAAGCCGGGACCUGAGCACUUUCCUGAAAUAGUGACCAAUGAGAGUCAUGGGAUAAGCUCUCAGACUGAGCAAGACAUGGAUCAUCUCUACUAUGUGUCCAAAAUCCAUGGGCCUGCAGAUGCUGCAGGCAGGGGCUUGUGGGUAAACAUCGAAGAGAUGGACAAGGGAAAGGAUCACGGUGUUCUUUCCAACAGCCACAGGCAAGCUUUGAGAGUGAACUUAUCCUUUGAGUUUCCCUACUAUGGACAUGUACUUAGAGACAUCACAGUCACUUCUGGUGGAUUCCUCUACACCGGAGAUGUGAUCCACAACAUGCUGACAGCUACUCAGUAUAUCGCUCCACUCAUGGCCAGCUUUGAGUCCAGCAACUAUCCAAACUCAACCGUCAUUUACUGUGACAACGGAACAGCCUUUGUAGUACAGUGGGACCAUGUAUACCUGGAAGAUCAGCCUCAUCUGGGUAGCUUUACUUUUCAGGCUGCGUUGUACAGUGGCGGCAGGAUCACCUUUGCUUACAAGGAGAUCCCUGUCGAUGUCAGCGAGAUCAGUUCGGUGAAUCACCCUGUGAAGGUUGGCCUCUCUGAUGCUUUUGUGAUACUUCAUAAGAUUCAGCAGAUUCCUGACAUCCGAAGGAGGACCGUCUACGAAUACCACCGGGUCGAGCUCUUAAAAUCCAAGAUUACAAACUCCACUGUUGUGGAGCUGCUGCCUCUGCCAACCUGCCUGCAGUUCUCUGGCUGUCACAGCUGUCUCACCACUCACAUCGGCUUCAACUGUAGCUGGUGCAGACACCUGCAAAGAUGUUCCAGCGGCUUCGACCGCUACCGUCAGGACUGGGUUGACAGCGGGUGCCUGGAUGAGAGAAAGAGCCAGGGCUGCAGCGAGACGGAAAACGUAACUCCUGCAGUCAAUAAGACGGCGGGCGCAGCGCUCGGUGCAGCGACGCCUGUGACCACAGCCCAGCCUCCCCAGACCCCAGGCGUCUGGGUCAGCACCAGCAGUGCUGUGUGUUCUCCAGUGACCCCUGCUACCCCCUCCUCCGCUGGACAUGACAUGAAGAUUGCACAUUUGACUGAAGAUGGAUGUAAGUGCGUCACUGAAAUUUGCCCAACUCAAAAAAUACGAGCAGUUCUCGCGACGGAAGGCAGGGGCGUGAGUGCAGUUGGCCUGCUUGGUUUUGUGCUCUGUCUUCUCCCAGCUGCAGAGAAGGGGAGGCCUGCUGAGCCGAGUGCAGAUGUGUGGCAAACGGGCUUGCUGGCGGGCACCCUGCUGACCUUGCUCCUCAUGGUCGCCGCCGUGACGGCCACGCUCUACCUGUACUGCCACCCCACCUCCAGCGCCAGCAUCUUCUUCAUAGAGAGGCGGCCAAGGCAUUGGCCCGUGGUGCUGUUUGGGAGAGGUUCAAACAACCCAGCCUAUGCUGAUGUGGAGGGCAUGUCACCUGACAAAGAAGGAUUUGUUGUAAUGGAGCCUACAGAGAGCUUUGGCCUUGCAGACAGGCGAGAGAGCGCCUUCACUACGGACCAAAGGGACGGCUUCAUCGUGCCCGACCAGAAGGAACGCUUUCUCGUCGUGGAACAUUGCUAACACGCCUUCCCAGCAAGCCCACCUUGUGAGAGACUUGCAGACAGAAACAUACCUCAAACAAUUAUCAUUUCUAUUGUCUUUAUUUAUUCUGAUAACUGUGGACACAAAUCAACUAAACAUUUCUUAAUUGUGAAACUAACAUUUCUGUAUUUUUUUUUGGAUUUCACAAUAUUCUGCUUGCACUACAUAAACAUUUUCUUGACAUGGUGUGAAUAGGCAGAUUUUAAGGAUGCUUUCACCCUGCAGACAUUUUGAGUUCUAGAUUAAUCAACAUGGUUGUCCAACACAGCUAUUAUGUCACAAAUAACAAAUCUUAAAUUGUGACAAAAAAACAAGCAACCAACCAAACAACAACAAAACAAGAAUAAAUAUCAGCAUGGCAGUUACCAGGAAAAUAAUGUUUCACAGUGCAAAAAUUACAUUGACGAUUUUGGAUGUUUUUUAAAAAUAUAUUUUUCUAUUUGUUUUAUAAUCAGUGUUUUAUUUAUAGUCUUAAACUAGAAGAGGCUAUAGAGCUGAGUUAGUAUGUUGCUUAAACAUUAGCACUUUUAGUCAGACCUUUUA